AGAGCCUUUCAAAUCGACUAGCCGCGCCAGUUUUACUUGUCGCGUGCGCGGUACGUUGCGCAGUCGGGAGGUCCGUGCUCUACACGCUGGAUUGAUCAAAGAAUAAAGUUAGUGUUCGGUCGACGGUUACGUAUUUUCAUCUCCCGGCUGAUUAGCAAUCUGGCUCCGGCAGUCCCCGUGCGUAUCAGCGAUUCGGUUUUUUCGUGCCAUAAACAUCGGGACGGGUUGUGGGGAAUUAGGUUAUGUUGGUGGUCGAGAGAAACGUCAGUGGCGCUGUGGGCAUCGCGACACGAGUAUAAUUAAAAUCAAUGUAACAGUGCAGUGUUUCGAGACGGUCGUGUUCCUCGGGUGCGAAUAUCUACUGUGUUCACUGGAUAAGAGACAUGUCAAACGGUCUGAUCAUGUUGAAUAACGAGAAGGGCACUGCAGAGACAAAGUACACGGCGUUCACGGUCGUUAACGUGACAACGUCUGGUCGGGACCGGUCACAGGAGAUGGAGCAACCGAAUAUCUCGAGGCCUGUGCUGAAGAGGCCUGCAGAAUCAGAACCAGAAGGUAAUACCAAUCCGAAGAAACGUCACAAGAACCCGCAACCCAAAAAUGCUGUGUGCGCAUUGAACGAAUUAAAGACUGGAGCAGUGUAUAAAGUAGUAGACCAGACCGGUCCCACUCAUGCUCCUAUAUUUACAAUUGCUGUACAGAUAGAUGGACAAACUUAUGAAGGCAAAGGUCGUACUAAAAAAAUGGCGAAACAUGCUGCUGCAGAGCUGGCAUUGAGAAAUAUUAUUCAGUUCAGGAACACGCCAGAGGUACACCAAGCGAUAAACACUUGUCAGCCUUCCAUGCCUCUCGAGCCAGAUUUCACUAGCGACGUCACAGAGCGUGACAAUCAUCUAGUCAAUGCAUUUAAAACUCUAACGCAAGAACCAAAGAGCACAAAUAAAUUUUUAGAGAAAGGUCCUGUAGCGCUGAUAAAUGAAUUGUACCCAGGGGUAGUAUACAAAUGUGUAUCCGAUAGUGGUGAAAGUUACGCAAAAUUCACGAUAUCGGUAACCAUCGACGGCGAGACGUUCGAGGGUACCGGACCUAGCAAAAAGUUAGCGAAAGCUGCCGCGAGCAAGGCGGCGUUAGCGAAACUGAGGAACGUCCACAGUUCCUCGUUUUGCAUACCGCUGCCAGUUCGCGUUUUACCGAAUUUCUCUAGUAGCGGACACUGGCAGGAUCAGAUGCAAUUGCCGCAAAUGCUGGCAGAUAAAAUCGGGAAAAUGGUGAAUCAAAAGUUCAGCGAACUGAUACAGUCAAAACCACAGCAUGCUAGGCGCAAAGUUCUGGCGGGCAUCGUCCAGACUAAAGGCUCGGACGCUGAAUUAAUCUGUGUGACGACCGGUACGAAAUGCGUAUCUGGGGAACAUUUGAGUGUCAGCGGCGGUGCCCUAAACGAUUGCCACGCGGAGGUGGUGGCGCGUAGGUGUCUAUGCGAAUACUUGUACAAGCAGUUAGAGCUGCACACGGAGGACCGAGCCGCGGAGUCCAUUUUGGAACCCGCGAAGAAGGGUUUUAAACUGAAACAAGGCAUUCAAUUUCAUUUGUACAUUAACACCGCCCCGUGCGGUGACGCUAGAAUCUUUUCCCCCCACGAGGAGAACGAGUCCGUCGACAAACAUCCAAACCGUAGAGCUAGAGGUCAACUGAGGACAAAGAUAGAAUCUGGCGAGGGAACGAUACCGGUGAAAAGCAGUGAGGGGAUACAGACGUGGGACGGUGUGCUUAUGGGCCAAAGACUGCUGACGAUGUCGUGUUCGGACAAAAUAGCUCGAUGGAACGUACUUGGUGUGCAAGGUGCACUUCUAAGCCACUUCAUCGAGCCAAUUUACUUCCACAGCAUCGUUUUAGGCAGUCUAUUGAACCCAAGCCACAUGUACAGGGCGGUCUGCGGCCGUAUCGAAAAUACUAUUCAGGGUUUGCCGCCACCGUAUAGACUUAACAAGCCGCUAAUGAGCCUCAUUACGUCUUCGGAAGUUAGGCAACCCGGGAAAGCGCCCAACUACAGUGUAAACUGGACCAUCGGUCAGGCAGAUGCUGAGGUGAUAAAUUGCACCACGGGGAAGGACGAGUUAGGCAAACCGUCGAGGAUAUCAAAACAGGGUCUGUUCAGGAGGUUUUACAACUUGCUCGAUAAACUCGACACGAUAGACGACGCUGAUAAGAAUCAGUGCCGUCACUACCUGGACGCGAAAUCGUCCGUGCAAAAUUAUUCGCUUGCCAAGCAUCAGUUGAAGGAGGCUUUUGUAAAAGCACACCUUGGGAGUUGGGUUAAAAAACCGAUCGAACAAGACAUGUUCGAGGUUGAUAUCUGACUAAAUCAGGGUAACGAUAAAACGACGACCAACGAUACGACCGACUUUCGGGUGACAGAUUAUGUGGUUCCUACUGCAAACUAGAUCGCUCGUUCAGCGUGUUAUGAUAUGGCAGAAUUCGGCAUCAGUAAAGCAUAAAUCGUAGGAUUUCACGCGUACUAUCUCAUCUUUGACUUUGCGUUGGGUGAUACGUUUCGCGUGUAUGUGUGUAUGUAUAUAUGUAUAUAAUAUGGGUACGCAUAUCCUCUAUGUAUAUAUGUACACACAUACAUAUAUGUAUAUCUCGUCAUGCACAUCGUGUUCAGUCUGUGCGUGAAUCGAGAACGACGAGAAGGAAAUGGCAGAGAGACGAAUGUGAAUCAGGUGCCGUGGACACGGCGAAAUUUUUGGUCUUCAAGACGUCGGAGGUUUUACUAUUCGAUAGUUGCUCAUUUUAAAUAAUAGGGUUUAAUCGACGCGGCACGUUUCGAUACUUCGAAUUUUAAUCUUAAAUCGUUUUAGAGUAACGUCAAUUUCGACAGACUAUAUAGACUGGUAGUAGAACGCGAUUCCGGAACGAGCAGUGAUUACAUUCCGUCGGGCAGAAAAGACGGAAGUAGAAAGGUUUCACUGUAGCGAGCAGAGAAUUUUAUGUUUUGAAAGAACAUAUAUACUUCGAGACAUCUGUUUUUCACGAAGCAAGAGAUUGUUGCACAUAUCCGUACCGUCAGUCUUCUCUUUUUCCAAGUGUUUUCACGUUGAAACGACCGGGAUGGAAAUCUCUCGCGGUUUCGUCGUUCCGACGUGCUCGUUUCUGGUCGUUCGAACGCAAUUGAGGGGAGAGACUUAGAAGAAAGAAAAGAAGAACAAGAAACACUCGAAGAGGGAAUAUCUCGAGGUUUUAAUCGUGCCUGCAGUAUUUUUUUCUUAGGCGUUAUAGGUAUAUAAAACAGUGAUAAUAACAUGCAUCACGUUACAUCCCCGAAGGCUGUGACCGGAGUAUAGAGAAAUCGUCGACGUUGCGAAUAGUUACAUACAUGUUUCGUCGCGGAUGUUGAUGAAAAUGGAACAAGAAUCGAUUCCUUGUCGGCGUUGCGACAGAUAUAUACUGUUGUCCUCUAGUCCUACUGUCAAUGAUCAUGAGCGUAAAACAAUUUUUCUCAGAAUAUUGACGAUAACGUGUACAACACUUUGAUCUUUUCUUUUACUUUUCGAACCAAGAUGUAUUUUUCAAUGAAUCAAAUGUUCCCGUUUCUCGCGAAUCGUCGACAACGAAUCGACAGUUCGAUGUUGUCACCGCUGAGUUUUCAUAGGGAACAAAUGAGGAUAUAUUAUUAGGAUGAAUGGGCUUGGGAUGAUCGGACGAGCGGAUGGAUCAUACAAGUCAAUAAGUAAAUCAAUAAGUACGUUUACGGUUACUAGUUUCUAGAGAAUCCUAAGAUCAUUGCCUCACUGUGCCAGUUCUUAUAUAAAAGAAAUUCAUGCGAUUCUGCCGUAGUGACACACUGCCCGGUGUCGGUCCAGUUUUGCGUGAGAAACUCGACGGCUAUCCGCACGGAGAAAAGCAGGUUGGGUCAAAUGAAGUAUUAUAUAUAUUAUAUAAUACGUAUAUAUAUAUAAUACAUAUAUUACACAUUCACAAGCGUGUGUGCUUGUCACUUGGAACGCCGUCACUUCCGGUCUAAAGUGUGCGUACCAGUCCGGAUAGCGCGAAUUCUCAGUAUUAAGUUAGUACAAAUCUCGGGCUUCGAGAAAAUCUUCUUUAUGUUGCCCAUGAAUUAACUCGAACCUUCGGCUGUUUGUUUCUUUUUUUUGUUGAAUUUGAAUUGUUAAUUGUUUCCCCUUUGUAUUACUAAUUUUCUUGUACAGUAAGCGAACGACUAGAAAAAAA